AUGUCGGUUCAAGCCCAAACCCCACGCAACAUCGAGGUUACUAAUGGAGAUCAACUUGAAGACGAACGAUGGGUUAUCGAAUCGAUUACCAAUGCCAAUGCCGCUCCCCCACCAACCGCACGAAUCCCUCUAGUACCAAGAAUGGUUAGAGCGGCACACGACUACGAGAAACACUUUUUUCCAAAGGUUGUUUCCAUUGGUCCGCACCAUUUUGGGAACUACAACCUUGAGUUGGUCGAGCAACUCAAGCCUGUUUUCACAAUGAAGCUUCUUUCUGAAAAGGAGACCCUAAGAAGUUUGUACAAAAAGCUUGGUGAUCCGGAAAUGGUGAAACAAUUAAGAAGCUUCUACGAAGAAAACUCGACAACCAUGUUGUCCAAUAAGGAGUUCACUAAGAUGAUGAUGCAAGACUCUUGCUUUAUUUUGUAUUACAUUCAAUACAUUUUUUGCGGAAAACCUGAAGAUUGUCCAGAGUUGAAAAGCCACCAGGUUGUGUUUGUUCAUCAAGAUUUUUUCUUGUUGGAGAACCAAAUUCCUUUCAAAGUUCUAAACGAGGUGAUCAACUUGUUGAAGAUUGAUAGUUCUAAUAAGUUUAAACCGUUCAUCUACGAAAAUAUUUUGUCAUCUGGGAAGUUGAAAAGAACGUGGUUAGAAUCAAUACUUCGUAUCCAAAAAAACCAAACUUGUCGAGAAGAACCAGACCUGGAGUUAACUGGCCACAAUGAACCAGAUCAUAUUCUCCAUCUUCUUCAUCGUACUAUUACAAAAGUUGAAUUUCGCGGGGGCAAUCUACAAAGCAGUUAUAGGUGCACUUUUCGCAAUGUUAAUGAGCUAGCGAAUGUAGGGGUUCAUUUCAAGCCGAGUAACACCAAGUCUUUGGCUCAUGUUAAGUUCUCUAAAAGAAGGUGGUGGUCAGCGAAUGUAGAACUCCCUCCAAUAACGGUGGAUGAUUCCACCAAGCCCAUGUUGUUAAACUUGAUAGCCUAUGAAAUGUGCUCAUGUGAUGCAAGUGAUGCAUGGGUCACAUCAUACAUAUGUCUUCUUGAUUCUCUUAUUGAUAACCCAGAGGAUGUUAAGGCACUUCGAAAAGCUGGUAUCCUUGAAAACUCGUUAGGGGGUGAUAACGAAGUCACAAAGUUGUUCAAUGAAAUUGGUACUGAUUUAGUUCCAAAUAGUUUUGCAUACAUGGAAGCUAAGAUGAAUAUACAAAAGCAUUAUGACAGUAGGAAGAACACACUCAUUUCCGAACUUAUGCAUGAAUACGUCAAGAGCCCGUGGGCAUUUUUGGCACUUCUUGGAGGUUUGAUAGCUCUUUUUCUUAGUGCUGUUCAAACUUGGUUUAGUAUUUGGAGUCCCGACAGCAAAUGUGAUGAACUUUGCCAGAUUUUGAAGAAGACCCAUCACCUAUGA